UAAAUUUAUUUGUCCUUUGACCACUUCGUAAGACUAUACAAUAUAUCAUGAUCAUAUCCAGCCCAAUACACUCACUCUCCAGUCACCCUCCACCUGUGACCCUCUCAUCUUCAGGUCCGUGCGCCCCUCCACUACCCCCACUCAUGCAUGCGUGUGUAUGUGAUCCACCGAGAGUGCAGGUAGCUGCAUUGAGUUCAGAGUACAAUUGACCUGUCAAGCCCAGGAGGCACCACCUCACUGCCCUGCCCUGUCCAUCCACCUCAUAGCCCUGCCCGGUCCACCUCACAGCCACACCCCUUCUACCUCACAGCCACGCCCAUUUACCCUCACAGCCACGCCCACUCCCCCCCACUGCCUUCCCUUUCCCUCAUAGCCCCGCCCAAUCCACCUCACAGCCCCGCUCUGUCUUCCUCACAGUUCCAACCCAUCCUCACAGCCCCACCCAUCCUCAUGUUCUGGGCCUAUCCAUCUUACAGCCCCACCUCAUCUUCCUCACAGCCCCGCCCUGUCCACCUCACAGCCCCACCCCUUCCUCACAGGUCCUCCCCAUCCUCACAGCCCCGCCCUGUCCACCUCAUAGGCCCGCCCAAUCCUCACAGCUCCGCCCCAUCUUCACAGCCUCACCUCUUCCCCUCACAGCCCCGCCCCUUCCUCUAGCCAUCACUUGCUUUCAGCUCCUUUUUCUUAAGUUCUUCUGAAGACUUCAGAGGCUGGUGGGCGCAGUUGAUACCCAUGUUGGUUUCAGGGCAGAGCACUCACCCUUCAUUUAGCGUCAGUACUGUGACUGGUUGUAAGUCUGCUCAUUCACUGCCACCCACUGCAGGAAGAAACACAAACUACGGAGAUAAACGCGAGAUUUUUGUCUUUUGAAUGUACCUCCCAUCCAUUGGCUUUGAACAGAAGACGCUGUAGAUUUGAAGAAUAAAAUGUGAAGACAACCCGACUGCUCUUUGUUCUCGAGGACGACACAUCCUAAGUGCAGAAGUGAGGAGAGACCGCUGCUACAAUGUACCAGAGCCGCUCAGUGGGGGCUGUGCCAUACGUCAAAAGGAACUGAAGGUUUAUAAGAAAAGUUGUAGUCAAUGAGAGAGACAAACGGACUGAGCCAUCCACAAGCAUCGUGCUCGCCACACCGGCCACCAUGCGUAAAGGGAAGGACCCAGAGAGCGCCGGUCUGUUCUUCAAGGAUGACCCCGAAGAGCUUUUCAUCGAUUUGCAUGAAAUUGGACAUGGGAGCUUCGGAGCCGUGUACUUUGCGACAAAUGCGCACACCAACGAGGUGGUCGCGGUUAAGAAGAUGUCCUACAGUGGGAAGCAGACCCAUGAGAAAUGGCAGGAUAUCCUUAAGGAGGUUAAGUUUCUGCAGCAGCUGAAACAUCCCAACACCAUCGAGUACAAAGGCUGUUAUUUAAAGGAGCACACUGCAUGGUUGGUGAUGGAGUACUGCCUAGGUUCAGCCUCUGACUUGUUAGAAGUUCAUAAGAAACCACUUCAGGAAGUGGAGAUUGCUGCUAUCACCCAUGGUGCCUUGCAGGGGCUGGCCUACCUCCACUUUCACUCCCUGAUUCACAGGGACAUUAAAGCAGGGAAUAUCCUCCUCACAGAGCCAGGUCAGGUGAAGCUGGCUGACUUCGGAUCCGCCUCCAUGGCUUCUCCCGCCAACUCCUUUGUGGGGACUCCUUACUGGAUGGCCCCAGAGGUGAUCUUAGCCAUGGACGAAGGGCAGUACGACGGGAAAGUUGACAUCUGGUCGCUCGGCAUCACCUGCAUAGAGUUGGCGGAGCGGAAGCCCCCCCUCUUCAACAUGAACGCCAUGAGUGCCCUCUACCACAUCGCUCAGAAUGACUCCCCCACGCUACAGUCCAGGGAAUGGACAGACUCCUUCAGGAGAUUCGUUGAUUACUGCUUGAACAAAAUACCUCAGGAAAGACCAGCCGCAGUGGAGCUGUUGCGGCAUGACUUCAUUCGGAGGGAGCGGCCACCGAAGGUCCUCAUUGACCUCAUACAGAGGACAAAAGAUGCUGUCCGAGAGCUGGACAACCUGCAGUACAGGAAAAUGAAGAAGAUCCUCUUCCAGGAGACUCGGAACGGACCCUUGAAUGAGUCGCAAGAAGAAGAAGAAGACGGCGAGCAAGGAAGCAACCUGAAUCGAGAGGUGGACAGUCUGGGCAGCAUCCACUCCAUCCCCAGCACGUCAGUGAGCACGGGCAGCCGGAGCAGCAGUGUGAACAGCAUGCAGGAGGUCAUGGAUGAGAGCAGCUCUGAGCUCGUCAUGAUGCAGGAGGAUGAAGGCACAAUCAACUCCAGCGCCUCCACGGUACACAAGAAGGAUCAUGUAUUCGUAAGGGAUGAGGCGGGCCACGGCGAUCCCAGGCCUGAGCCGCGGCCUACCCAGUCAGUUCAGAGCCGGGCCCUCCACUAUCGGAACCGAGAGCGCUUUGCCACGAUCAAAUCCGCGUCUUUGGUUACACGGCAGAUCCACGAGCAUGAGCAGGAGAACGAGCUGCGGGAACAGAUGUCAGGAUAUAAGCGGAUGCGGCGCCAGCACCAGAAGCAGCUGAUCGCCCUGGAGAACAAGCUGAAGGCUGAGAUGGAUGAGCACCGCCUCAAGCUCCAGAAGGAGGUGGAGACGCACGCCAACAACUCGUCCAUCGAGCUGGAGAAGCUGGCCAAGAAGCAAGUGGCUACCAUAGAAAAGGAGGCAAAGGUAGCCGCAGCGGAUGAGAAGAAGUUCCAGCAGCAGAUCCUGGCCCAGCAGAAGAAGGACUUGACAACUUUCUUAGAAAGUCAGAAGAAGCAGUACAAGAUUUGUAAGGAGAAAAUAAAAGAGGAAAUGAACGAGGACCAUAGCACACCCAAGAAGGAGAAACAGGAGCGGAUAUCGAAGCAUAAAGAAAACCUGCAGCACACGCAGGCCGAGGAGGAAGCCCACCUGCUCACUCAGCAGAGGCUGUACUACGACAGGAACUGCCGCUUCUUCAAACGGAAAAUAAUGAUCAAGCGCCACGAGGUGGAACAGCAGAACAUUCGGGAGGAACUAAAUAAGAAGAGGACCCAGAAGGAAAUGGAGCACGCCAUGCUGAUCCGGCAUGAUGAAUCCACCCGAGAGCUGGAGUACAGGCAGCUGCACACCCUGCAGAAGCUUCGCAUGGAUCUGAUCCGGCUGCAGCACCAGACGGAGCUGGAGAACCAGCUGGAGUACAAUAAGAGGCGGGAGCGGGAGCUGCACCGGAAGCACGUCAUGGAGCUUCGGCAACAGCCGAAAAACUUAAAGGCCAUGGAAAUGCAAAUUAAAAAACAGUUUCAGGACACUUGCAAAGUACAGACCAAACAGUACAAAGCCCUCAAAAAUCACCAGUUGGAAGUCACUCCAAAGAAUGAGCACAAAGCAAUCCUAAAGACACUGAAGGACGAGCAGACGAGGAAGCUGGCCAUUUUGGCCGAGCAGUAUGAACAGAGUAUAAACGAGAUGAUGGCCUCUCAAGCGUUACGGCUAGACGAGGCGCAAGAGGCAGAGUGCCAGGCCUUGAGACUACAGCUCCAGCAGGAGAUGGAGCUGCUCAACGCCUACCAGAGCAAAAUCAAGAUGCAAACGGAGGCCCAGCACGAGCGCGAGCUACAGAAGCUAGAGCAGAGGGUGUCCCUGCGCAGAGCGCAUCUUGAGCAGAAGAUUGAAGAGGAGCUGGCUGCCCUGCAGAAGGAACGCAGUGAGAGGAUCAAGACUCUCCUGGAGAGACAAGAGCGAGAGACCGAGACUUUUGACAUGGAGAGCCUCAGAAUGGGCUUUGGGAAUUUGGUGACAUUAGAUUUUCCUAAGGAGGACUAUAGAUGAGAUUAAAUUUUUUUGCCAUUUAC